CAAUCUGGGUUUGGUUUACAGUAAAAUGGGAGAGUACGAAAAAGCAAAAGACUUUUAUGAACGAGCGAUGAAAAUAGAAACUAAAGCAUUUGGACCUGAUCAUGUUAACAUUGCGACAACGUACAGCAAUCUGGGUACGGUUUACAGUAAAAUGGGAGAGUACGAAAAAGCAAAAGAUUUUUAUGAACGAGCGAUAGAAAUUGAAACGAAAGCAUUUGGACCUGACCAUGUUAAUAUUGCAAUAAGGUACAACAAUCUGGGUUCGGUUUACAGUAAAAUGGGAGAGUACGAAAAAGCAAAAGAUUUUUAUGAACGAGCGAUAGAAAUUGAAACGAAAGCAUUUGGACCUGACCAUGUUAAUAUUGCGAUAAGGUACAGCAAUCUGGGUUCGGUUUACAGUAAAAUGGGAGAGUACGAAAAAGCAAAAGAGUUGGGAAGCUGCGUAUGCGACCCAUCGUUAAUAAACUACAACGCACAUCGGUUUCUAAGUGCAGUAAAUAAAAUGUCUAAAACGUCUGAAAAAGAUUCUAAAGAAGCUCCAACACCUUCAGAGGUUGGCUCACCCCCUUUGCCAAAUGUGAAGAGUUCUUAUUCGGUUCUAGAUAAUGAACAAAAAAGCGAAGGAAAGCCUUCGGAAUCAUCUAGCGCUUCCUGUAGCAAAUCUUCAUCAAACAACCAUUGA